AUGAAAGAUCUGGGAAAGCUCAAAUAUUUUCUUGGAGUGGAAGUUGCUCGAUCUCCUACGGGAAUCUUCCUUAACCAACGGAAAUAUGCUUUAGAUAUUAUUAUAGAAACUGGGUUGCUUGGUUCACGACCGUCCUCCAUUCCUCUAGAAGAAAAUCAUCGUCUUGCUUUGGCGAAUGGGCCGCUGCUUCUUGAUCCUGGUCGCUAUCGUCGCUUAAUUAGGAGCCUCAUUUAUUUGUGUUUCACUGGUCCCGAGCUGUCUUACAGUGUGCAUGUUUUGUCCCAGUUCAUGCAGCAGCCCAAAGAAGAGCAUUAG